CAGCAGGUUGAGUAGGCAGUUUUUCCUCUCUCCGAGGGGGGAAACGCGAGGAAAGAGAGGUUAGGUUUGCUCGCGGUGAUGGCGGCGAUAAAGGGCCUGGGUAGGAAUAUUCCCUACUUAAGGCAACAGGCUGCGGCCCUGCUCGGUAAUACCAGCACCAGCGUCAAAUCCAUCUGCGUGGUGGUGCUGUUCUCGUAUUGCCUGUCCUUCUCCGAGGAGGCGAUACGCAUCCUGAGCGUGACGCCAGGUUACCUGCUGCCGCCGGUCUUCUGGUUCUGGACGGCCUUCACCUUUUGCUUCCUCGAGAUACACUUCUGGGAGGUGUGCGUGGACGUCGUGACCGUCGGUUUAUGUGGCAAGUUGAUCGAGCCCUUGUGGGGCGCCUUCGAGAUGAUGACAUUCUUCGCCAUCGUCAACUUCGGGGUCGCAGUGCUCUCAGCGCUCUUCUAUCUGUUCCUCUACAUGUGCACCAACAACCCGGACAUGCUCUUCAGUAUACACAUACAUGGUUUGACCGGCUACAUCGCAGGAGUUGCAGUAGCAGUGAAGCAAAUAAUGCCAGAUCAUAUCUUAAUCAAGACACCCAUUGGGAAGAUCACAAAUAGAAAUAUACCCUUAAUGGUAUGGAUUGUGGGAUUGACAUUGUGGCUCGUUGGGUUACUAGAAGGUACUCAUCCUACCAUGUUUCUCAGUGGAUUAUUAAUAUCUUGGAUAUACCUGAGGUUUUAUCAAAAACACAAUAAUGGUACCCGAGGUGAUAUGGCAGACAAUUUUACAUUUGCGAGUUUCUUUCCAAAUGUUUUACAACCACCGAUAGCAGUAGUGAGUAACACUAUACAUGGGUUUUUUGUGCGUAUUGGAUUGUGCCGAAAAAUAGUUAGAAGAUUUGAUAUGUCCAACACACCACCUGGCUUAGUUAUUAAUCUUCCUGGUAUUGAUCCUCAUGACAGUGAGCGACGCCGGCAAAUAGCAUUGAAAGCGUUAAGCGAAAGACUAAGCAGAGAUCACGCGAAACCUUGGCAACCGGACAGGACUAAGAAACACUCCCCAGUGCCUCCCGCGGUUUCCAUACCGAUACCUGAAUCCACUACACCCAAACCACUCGCAUCUCCACUCAUUCCACAAGUCAGUGUCAAUAUACAUAAUCAACAUCAUCCUUCCAGUAGCAGUACGUGAUUACACGAGACUGACUGAUUUCAAUAGAUUUAUAAAUUACACUGAAAAGCUUCUAAAGAGUAAUCAUGAAUGUAAGGCGCAGGCUUAUAAUAUGGCUAUAUUCAAUAAUGGGUGCAAAUCGCGUAUAUAUAAAUAGAAUUUGUUAUCACUGCAAUAUAAUUUAAAUCAAACUAAAAUUUACCAUUCUUUUUAUGGUGUAAAUACAUUUAAAUUUUAUGAAAAUUAAUAAUAAU